UUGUGUCCUGAUCCUACUCAAGAGCUGCAGUGUUUGGAUGGAAGUUGUGUUCCACAUUCAGUUGUUUGUAACUUUAAACAAGACUGCCUUCAUAAUACAGAUGAGGGGUACUGUGGUCUGUCAUGUGACUUUGAAAGUGCAUGUGAUUGGAUAAGUCCUCCUAUUGACAUGUUCACUCCUGGAUGGGAGGUGCGAGAUGGGCCAUCACCGAACCCUAACACGGGGCCACCUGGAGGUUAUGACCCUAGUGGAGAUGCUGUAGGAAAUUACACCUAUGUCAGUUCUCAAGGAAAAUCGGCAGGGGCAAAGGCAGAGCUAGAGAGCCUCACAUAUCAAGAAACUGGAGCUCUUUGUAGCAUCAACUUCUUCUACUACAUGAAUGGCACAGACGUUGGGACACUGACAUUGAUGGUUGCCAUAGACAACCAGAGGUAUCCCAUCUGGCAACGCUCUGGUAGUCAAGCAGCACGGUGGAUAGAUGAACUCAUCCUUCUAAGGUCAAUACCCUCACCAUUUCAGCUCAUCUUUGAGGCUACCAUGACUGGUGGAAAUUCUGGAGACAUCGCUCUUGAUAAUAUACAGCUUCUAGACUGCUCUCCAGAUCAUAUAGCUCCCCCUUGUUCAGGUAAUGGCCAUUUUGAAUGUACCAACUUGGAAUGUAUCCCUCGACAUCAGGUGUGUGACCUACGACAGCACUGUCUUUUUGGAGAGGAUGAGAAUGACACAGUCUGCGGUCACAUUCCAUAUGGAGCCAGAUGCGACUUUGAGUCUGGACUCUGUGGAUGGUAUGACAUCGUGGGCCAAGACCAACAGAACUGGACCAGGCACCAUGGCUCUACCAAGUCUACAGGGACAGGUCCUAGUGUGGACCAUACUCUUGGAACUGAAGAAGGUUAUUACAUUUAUUACGAGACAUCCCAAAUUGGUGCGGGGCAUGAGGCUUAUAUCAGGAGUCCGGUGUUUGAGGCUCCUCCUGCAGCUACCAGAAAUAGCACCAGCCCCAUGUAUGAGGCAUGUGAGCUUCGUUUUGCAUACCACAUGUACGGCACCAAUCCUAGCACACUGAAAGUCUUUGCCAUAUCUGCAGAAAACCCUGAUAUUUCAAGCCAACUUUUCAGCGAGUAUAAUGGGAAUGUCGAUAGAUGGAAAGAAGUUGUUGAGACAAUCCCUGCUGUUAUCACAGACAGAUACUUCAUACAGAUUGAAUCAAUAAGGGGCCGUGGCUGGAAGGGGGACGUUGCCGUCGAUGAUGUCUCUCUCAGUCCAGAAUGCUUUGAGAAAAAUGCUACUAUAAUGGGAUCAACGGUAGGGUACACAAGCACAUGGUCUGCGGGGCCACGGACGACCGAUAUGACAGCAUACCCCACCCCUACCAAAGUCAUUACAGAUCCAUCCUUUAGGGCAACAACAACCACUACUGCCACAACCAUUAAAAAGGAACCUAUUCCAAUUGUAAACUUCGCCUUCACAACCUGUGGCACCCACGGACCUUAUGGACCGACUCAAGCCAGGUGCACUGCAGCCUACCGAUACAGUAACCUCACAGUCAGAGUGUUAAACCAUGAAGAUUCCAUUGCGUUGGCAGGGGUGCAAGUCUGGAUUGUGCCAGAGACAAGGCUCUAUAGUAUAACUGCCUAUGGUGCUAGCGGAGGAGCAGGAGUGGAGAACUCCAGACCAAGCAAGGGAGCUAAGGUUGAAGCCAUCUUUAAUUUGACCGCAGGGGACCAGCUCUUCAUUUUGGUUGGUCAAGAGGGCGAAAGUGCAUGCAGUGAUCCUGAUGUGUUGUUCUCCCACUACUGUAGUGGUAAUGCCAAUGAGCAAGCCAAGCUCCAGCUAGGUGAGGGAGGCUGGAGUGCUGGAGGCGGUGGAGCAGGAGGUGGAGGAACUUUCAUUGCUCUAAUGAAUGAGAAUUACCCAAAUCUAACUCCUCUCUUGGUUGCAGCUGGGGGAGGGGGUCUUGCUUUCAGCCCCUCCCCAUCUACCAGCUAUAGUCAUGGAAGGGUGGGGUCAGCAGGCCCAGGGGUCUCUGGAGAACAUGGGGCCUCAUCAAGGACCACAGCUGGAGCCGGAGGGGGUUGGAAUUCUACCCAUGAUCAUGAGCCUACCGGUAGAUCUUUCCUCCAGGGGGCGACUGGUGGUAGGGAGUGUCUCUUAGCCUAUGAAGACUUCAGAUGGAACACCCAUGGGGGCUUUGGUGGAGGAGGAGGGGCAUGUACAACAGGUGGUGGUGGAGGGGGUUACACAGGGGGUAACGCUUCUCUCGUCAAGUCACUUGAAGGAGAUGGUCAAGGAGGAAUGUCAUUCAUUCAUCCUUCAGUAAUGGAACCAGUAGCAGUAGCUGGAGCGAGAUCUGGCCCGGGUGAGGUCAUCAUUGUUGCUACUGUCUUCUGCCCAAAAGGGUCUUAUAGAACAGCUGACAAACAAAACUGUUUAGCUGCCACAUCAUCACCACCCGGACACUCCUUACCAAUCUCAAAGAUCACUAUUAUCAUCAUUCUUCUUGUUUUUAUUUUCCUGACAAUUUUAUCAAUCUGUCUUGUAUUCAAGUAUAAGGAACAUAAGCUGAAAGAGGCUGAAAGUAAGAUGGAAGCUAGUUACCAGCUAUCCCAACUUCGGAACAACUUUGCCAUUGAUGUCAACCCCUGCUACACAAUCCCAGGAAAGGACACUCCAGCAUCAACCCAUGACCUAAAAGAGCUUCCAAGAGAAAACCUGAGGUUAUUAAGUGCUCUUGGACAAGGGGCAUUUGGUGAAGUCUUUCGAGGGGUAUACCAACCUCCUCACCAGAAAUCUGAGAUUGACAUUGCAGUCAAGACCCUACCAGAGCAUUGUACGGAGCAGGACGAGUUGGAUUUUUUGAUGGAAGCGCUCAUCAUGGGUAACUUUGAGCACCCCAAUGUUGUGUCUCUUCUGGGUGUUUGUUUCAAGGAGAAGCCACAUUUUAUUGUCCUGGAGUACAUGGAAGGAGGAGAGCUGAAGCAGUUUCUCAGGGAUAUCAGACCUACUGAGGAAAAGCCUUCUUCCGUUAAAAUGAAGGACCUGUUACAGAUAGCCCAGGAUGUAGCUCAAGGGUGCCGCUACCUUGAAUCCAGACGUUUCAUUCAUCGAGACAUCGCAGCAAGAAAUAUCUUAUUGACCACCAAGGAGGUUGAUCGUGUAGCAAAAAUAGCAGACUUUGGCAUGGCAAGGGAUAUAUAUAGGGCUGAUUAUUAUCGGAAAGGUGGGCAGGCUCUUCUCCCCGUGAAAUGGAUGCCACCCGAAGCAUUCCAAGAUGGUAUCUUUACAUCUAAGACUGAUGUUUGGGCAUAUGGUGUGUUGCUGUGGGAGAUCAUCUCGUUAGGAUUCAUGCCAUAUCCUGGAAUGAGUAAUCAAGAAGUGAUUCAGUUUGUAGCAGCAGGAGAGAGAAUGAACCCACCAAGGAGCUGUCCUCAACCUGUAUUUAAUUUGAUGUCCCAGUGCUGGCGUCACAUCCCCGAAGAUCGGCCUUCGUUCACCACUGUUCUAGAAAGCAUUAAUUACUGCUUACAGGAUCCAGAUGUUUUGGAAACACCACUUCCCAAGGUACUCACAGAACGGAAGAAACAACUGACAAUCAUGAGACCUCCAGACCCCAAGAGAUCCCCUGUUCUGAGGGUGGAAAAGGUUGUUAGGUCCAGAGAACCCUCGCCUUGCAGUAGCCAGAGGGAGUCGCCCCUCCGUCACACCCCAUCCCCAACCUACAAGCCUUCUUGGGCAGGGCAACCUAGCAAAGGAUCAUCACAGCAGGGGCUCCAUCACCCUGGUGAAGGCAGGCAGCAUCAUAACCAAUCACCUGUCCAGUCGUCUUCGGUGCUACUCACCAACAAAUCUUAUGGCUUUAGUUACCCCUUUAGAGACAGUGCAGGAGAUGCUAUGGAAAGAACUUGCCAGAAUGGCUUUCCUGAAGAUCCAGUGCAAAUUAGUAACCUCAGUCCAACCAGGCAUGUUAAUGAAACAGAACAAUCUGGUGAGAUGUCCACUCUUCUUAAAAUAAAGGGUGGCAAAUCUUCUAGAAGUGACAGUUCGACGAGUGUCCCAGGAGGCCGCCAGGAACCUAGAUGUAAACCUGAUCCAACGUGCAAAGCCAGGAGAUCGGCAAGUAUGCGUCAGGAGGCACCCAGGGAAUUCACCAAGCUUCCAUUGUCACGAGGACUGAGCUGGAGCCAAAGGCCCUCUUUACAAGACAAUCAAAACCUUCAAGAUGCCGAUAUCCAUCGUUCCUCGAGUCUUCCUGGCAUCAGGGUCAUUGUGACUGCAUCUGAUUCUCCUUCAAGUGACACUACCACAUUACAACCGCAGCUGAAGAGUGCCACCAAUGGCAGCUUCUCUCGGGCAGGAAGCCUGAAGCAAAAACUGAGCAAGAAGUUGUCGAGGGACUAUCGUAACACGGACAGCGAACCCCUGGUUAAUAGCAGCACAUCCGAAGACAAUAUGAUCCUCAACAAACAGUCACAAGAUACCUUUUUAUAGCAUCUGUAAACAAGCAUUCUAUUAUUUUUACUGCCUUUUAUUGCAAGUCUCUGAUGAUAAGAAUAUUGAUUGUUGUACUGUAAAGUGCAUAUGUCAACCACAAAAGGUGCUAAUUACAUUUCAAUAACCCUGGUGGGGUGUGGGCCAGCCGGUUCUAGUGCUUUGUUACAGCAUGAAAGGGAUCCCUUUCUGCUGGUGCCCAUUUAUGCCCUGGAUGGAGAGUGGCAAAUGUAUAAUGGACAAUGGCCUAUGUUCAUUGGCAUUGCCUUUGGAUUCAAAUGUUGACCCAGAGUUCACACUCCAUGACAAACUUAAUCUACAAUUUUAUUUGUGGGGGGUGGAGGGAUUCAAAAAUUCAUCCUUUAAGUUAAGCAUGACUUUUAGAAUAAUUGAAUCAUGCUGUGACAAAAGUGUGAGCUGAAACAUGUACUUGACUUAAUUACAAAUUAUUUAAUUUGAAAUUUUGUAAGACCUUAAUUUGAAUUUUAUAUGCUUAUUAACAGUAAUAAUAUAUUUCAACAGUUGUAGGCCUGUAUUUCAAUUGUUAUUGAAUGUAUUGAGCAAACAUUUUGGCUUGACAUCUUUUACUUAAUUACUUUAUAGACAGCUUUAUGAUGCAACUUAAUUCCCUGAUGUUGCAGAAAUAAUGUAAAUAAGGAAAUGUAGAUAUGAUAAUCACUAUUGAAUAUGGAAAAAGAGAAUAUAUAUAUAUAUUUAUGUUUAAUGCUCUAAAAAUUGAUCAAGUAUUAUAGUUGAUUGGCCAUUACAUGCUGCAUAUGUAAAUUAUUCCUACUUAAAACAAUGGUGAUUCAUGCAAAUGUGCAAAUUUAAUGAAUGAAAUGAUGCAAAAAUUUUUUUUAAAUAAAUUGAAAUAUAUAUUGCAAUAUUUGUGAAAUUAUUAUUCAUAGAUGAUAAUGUACUCUUUUUAUACUUGAAUUUUUAAUAAUGGUAUUUGUGUAUCUUGUAAUAUGCAAUAACAGGUUGCAAGUCUUAUUUAUGAUGGAUUAUUUGAUGUACGGUAUGUUAGUUUUUGUCUAGCCUACGUCGCAGAACAAGACAAUGGGUCAGACCGUCUGAUGCAUAAAAAGUAACAAUUGCUAAUGAGCAAUUGUUUGAGCAUAACCUAUUGCUAGCCAAGCAAAAGAUCGAUUGCUAUAUUUUGUAUUAUUCAAAUUAUUCCUCUAACUUGUUUCUACUGAAUCAAGUUAUAUAGUUGGCAUUCAGUUUGCACUAAAUAGUUUAAAGGUCAUUUCAGAUCAAUUGACUUGGAUAGAAAAUGAUAUUUUGUACAUCAUUCCAAAAAUACUUGAUGAAAUUAAGUGAAUCUUGUAUAAUAGAUAUCACAAAUGAUAAGACAUGAAUGAUGAAUAACAAGGCAAGGUCAAAGAUUAUUUGAGGUCAACAAACUUAAGAUUGUUUUAAUCAAAUGAAUGUUUGGUGUUAUAUUUUUGAGAUAAAUUAUUCAUCUUAGUUGUUUUAAAAGUUAGCACUGCUGCUAUAUUGAAUUGCAUAAUGCAGGCGAAAACUACCAGAGGCAUUCCACUUCUUUGAUGUAGGCCUACCAAGAUAUUAGAUUAAGAGAGGUAUACUGACAAAUCUCAUGGGAGACAUUCAUGGGAUUCAAUGCAAUUUGAUAAAAUCAAACAGGCGAUAAUUCUGAAAAUAUUCAUGUUGUUUAGUCUUUCAAUAAUCUCUUUCAAAUACUGUCAAGUUUUAAUAUUGAAAGCUGGUGUACCAAUAUCAAAUUUUUUAUUUUCAUCUUUCAUAUUUGUGUUUUUGUGCCUUUGUAUAAUUUCAUUAACAUAUGCUUUAUUAUGUAUAUAUUGAUGUGAGUGAGAAAAGCAUAGCACCCAGGGAAGCACUCUUCUUCAUGGACUGAUGGUGGGAACAAUUAGUCUGAAUACCUACGCUUUCCACUUAAAGAAGGUUGUUUAAUAUAGGUGUUUUCAAUUGUUGAUUAAUGUCCCAUAUGGAUGCUUUCUUCAAUUUUCUUAAUCACAAACAUGAACCAUCAGUGGAAAUACAUACUUAUCAGUGGAAAUACAUACUUUUGAUGUUUUAAUGUCUGCUUUGAUACACGAUUCUCCUUUUAUUUUUUUUGAUUGCUUGAAUAUAACCAUGAUCAAUAAAUGAAUGUAUUUGAAAACCCUGUUUUUACAAUGAAAAAGUAUUGAUUGAAUGCCCUUAUAGAUCCAAGUUGAAAUCAUGGGUAACUUAUUAAAGAUUUCAGGUACUGCUGGUUGACUGGUGCAGAUUUUAUUGCCCUUAGUAGAAAAAUCAUUCAAUUUGAUACAAUUCUAUUUAAGAAUAAAGAUGUAAACUCUCAAAAUAUAAA